CUAAUGAUGAUGCAGCCAGUGUGAAACUGAUUCGAUCAUUCGCCUCGUCUGACGCCUUCUCUUUCUCCGCCCAAGGAAAGAAAAAAAAAGGAAUAUGCUCUUUUUCUCAAAUUGCCAUUUCCUUCGAGUGUGAUCAUUCAAUCUCUCGAAACUUCCUUUUUUAGAAUUCUUCAUGAGCAUCAGGUUGUGCGGUCCUUUUCGAGGCUUGAAAGAGACAAAGGUGGUCGCAGUGAUCGAAGCGAGAAAUCUAUUAAAUCGAAUGCCAGAGUGGAAUGCCGUGUGCUUGGCAACUGUACCAGUGCUAUGCCCGAGCAGGGAAUCUAUUCCUGGCAAAGCAACUCUUCGAUUCAAGGCCCGCGAAGAACAUCGUCGCAUGGUCUGUGAUGGUGUGCUGACCAAAACAGGAUUGAGGAGGCGAAGCAUCUGUUUGGCAUAAUGCCCGAGAGAAACAGCGUGGUGGGGAAUGCGAUGCUAGCAGCAUUUACCCAAGCAGGGCAUUUGCAUGACGCAGUGAAAGUCUUCGAUCGAAUGCCCGAACAGGAUGGAAUUGAAGACCUCUCGGGCUACUCACAGCUUGAGAUUUCAUGCGUAAGCCACCAUCGUAGUUGUGGAAGAAUUCCAUGCAGGAGCGCGAUCUUGUUGCCUGGAGCGUGAUCAUCCUGCAUAUGCCCAGAUCGCGGAUGUUGCUGUGGCGCUUAAGCUCUUCGAUCGAAUGCCCGCGCGGGACAUGUUCGAUUAUCGCGGCUAUUGCUCAGUACGGUCAAAGCGCAGCAGCGAUGGAGGGCAAGCCCAAUGCCGGGGUGUUCGUUGCUCUUCCAGAAAGAUCGAGGAGUGCUGGCAGCGUGUCUGGAUCGCUCUCAUGGCGCUGACGAGCAGCAAGGAGAUCAAGCGAGGGGACAUGAACAAGCUUUACGAGCUUUGGGACGCGGCUUCUAAGCAGCAAAGUUUCUAUCUCGUGAUAUCUUUGAGGGAUGCUCGUUUUGAUGGAGUUUUACCCGCCUCUUCUCCAAGCGUUGUUCGUGUUGUCUGGGGGAAAACAUUGCUACGACAGUUUCGGCUCAUCAUGACUGGAGGAAAUUGUAGCUGCGGAGCUCUUGAUUGGAGACGAGUCUUUGGUUUGCCACUGCGUGGAAGUCGGGCGUUACAGAGAAACAAAACGAGCUCGGAGAGGUUGAGAGAAACUAGCAUGGAAAAUCGGGAAUUCGAAAACUUUUCACGACUUCCGUUCUCUGGCUGAGCAAAUUCAAACCUGCCAGUCGUUUAUCUGUGUGAUCCAGUAAUCUUAAGACACAAGUAAUCGUCUCCAUACAACUUUACAAGACAAGACCAAUUUCAUACCAAAAACUUCGAUUCGUUU